AUGGAGAGACGAUAUGUUCCGGAUACUGGGGUUGGGGGGGGGGAUGGAGAGAGGAUAUGGUCUGGGUACUGCGAAUGGGAGGUCGAGAGAGGAUGUUCUCUGGAUACUGGGGGUGGGGAGGAGAUGGAGAGAGGAUAUGGUCCAAAUACUGGGGGUGGGGAGGAGAUGGAGAGAGGAUAUGGUCCAAAUACUGGGGGUGGGGAGGAGAUGGAGAGAGGAUAUGGUCCAAAUACUGGGGGUGGGGGGAUGGGGAGAGAGGAUAUGGUCCGGGUACCUGGGGUGGGGUUGCAGAGAGAGGACAUGGUCCGGGCACUGGGGUUGUGGGGAGAUGGAGAGAGGAUAUGGUCCGGGUACUGGGGGUGGGGGGAGUGGAGAGAGGAUAUGGUCUGUGUAUUGGGGGUGGGGGGGAGGUGGAGAGAGGAUAUGGUCCCAGUACUGGGGGUUGGAGUGUGGAGAGAGGAUAUGGUCCGGGUACUGGGGGUUGGAGUGUGGAGAGAGGAUAUGGUUUGUGUACUGGGGUUGCUUGGGGGAGACAGAGAGAGGAUAUGGCCCGGUUACUGGGGGUGGGGUGUGCAGAGAGUAUAUGGUCUGUGUACUGGGGGUGGGGGGUGGAGAUGGCGAGAGGAUAUGGUCCAGAUACGGAGGUGGGUGGGUGGAGAGAGGAUAUGGUCCAGGUACUGGUGGUGGGGGGGGGAGGUGGAGAGAGGAUACGGCCUGGAUACUUGGGGUGGGGGAUGGAGUGAGGAUAUGGUCUGGGUGCUGUGGGUGGGGGGUGUGGAGAGAGGAUAUUGUCCGGGUACCGGGGGUGGGGGGUGUGGAGGGGGGAUAUGGUCCGGGUACUGGGGGUGGGGAGGUGGAGAGUGGAUAUGGUCCGGGUACUGGGGGUGGGGGGUGGAGUUGGAGAGAGGAUAUGGUCCGGGUACUGGGGGUGGGGGGUGGAGUUGGAGAGAGGAUAUGGUCCGGGUACCGGGGGUGGGGGGUGUGGAGGGGGGAUAUGGUCCGGGUACUGGGGGUGGGGAGGUGGAGAGUGGAUAUGGUUCGGGAACUGGGAUUGGGGUUGGUGGAGAGAGGAUAUGGUUUAGGUACUGGGGGUGGGGCGGAGGUGGAGAGAGGAUACGGCCCGGAUACUUGGGGUGGGGGAUGGAGUGAGGAUAUGGCCUGGGUACUGUGGG